GACACAGUAGAAGGGGUGCUUUUGGAUCCCGGAAGCAGCUUCACCAGCAUCGUUCAUGUGGCUGCCUUGGGGGAAGCUCACGAAAUGGAGGUGGUGCAGUCGGCGCUGCAGCUGAUGCAGGUGAUCCUCAAGCGGGCUUCAAGCAAGUUAGCUGUUCCACCGGUGUGGUGCGUCACACACGGAACGCAGCAUGGGACCAUCCGGAGCUAUCUUCAUUCUGGACUCUGGGGCUUGGCACGAACAUUCCGCGCCGAGGAGCCCUCUGUCAAGCUUCACUGUCUGGACCUGGACGGUACGCUGUCCAGCCCAGAGGCUCUUGCUGCUGGCUUGAAGCAGUGGCUCAUUGCGCUCAAGGAGACCGUGGAGACGGAAGUGGCCAUUGCAGGGUCAGCAUUUGCAUCACGCCUCAGCAGAAGCAAGGCCAAGCCUCAGAAGCCGCUUGAGCUGCUGAUGUCCAUGCGUGGGAGCCUCUCGAACUUGAGGCCAGUGGUGCAGGAGUCUCGGCGAGCACCGAAAGGGUCCGAAGUGGAGCUCCGCGUCCGAGCAGUGGGCCUGAACUUUCGAGAUGUUUUGAACGUCAUGG